AUGCCGCCUUCUCGCAGUGAAUCAUCAGACCGUCAGAAGCAGGUUAAGAAACCUUAUAACUUACGUUCAUCGCCUUCCAAGUCCAAGUCAAGCCUCCCCGGUUCAUGCAGUUCAUCUCCUACCUCGAGCACAUUGUCUAUGUCCAGUAAUGAUUCUGAUGAAUUAUCUUUCCUUCACCUUGAGAUCAGGACCGCAUGCAAGUCAGUGUCCAAAGUCAAGGCUCUUCUAAGCAACGACAUCAAGCAGCUAAGAAAGGCGAGUACUAUUUGUGUUGAGCUGGCCAAAACCAGGCGAGAGCGAGACAAUAUCACCGCUCUGAAUCAGGACGUAUGGGUCAAGUUACAGGCUGCUGACAAGGCAUUGCAGUGCCCAGUUUGUCACGAUGUUAUCGACAGACCUUUCAUGGUUGUUGAAUGUCGCCAUACAUACUGCUACAAUUGUCUGGUCACCUGGUUCCACCAAUGUAUCAGGAACCGUCUACACUACCGCGAAGAGAAAGUUCCUGAGAAAUUCAAGAAUCAUCUGGAACCAUUCACGAAAGCUGACAUCCAGAUGUUGUGCGAUGGGAGAGAUUCAAUCCUUCCUGGUCGAUUUUACGAGUGCCCCAUGUGUCGGGUAUUUAUCAGCGAUGCUCCCAUAGAAAUCCCUGUCUUUCGUGAUGUGGUUAGCGCUAUAGCUGAAGCGCUUGGCCCUGAUGUACAACUUGCUGAUCAGACAAAACCUGCAGAUCCAACUGCGCCGUGGGUGAUUUUCUUUGAGAAGUAG